AGCAGCGGAGAAGUGGGGUGACCCACAGACGAAUUUAGGGACCUCGGGGAGAGCAUCAGAGUCCCCGGGCUCCGCCCUAUAAAAUCUGGGGCUGGCAAGAGUGGCCGUGGUUCGCUGCGCUCUCAGGGACCGCUAUUGAGAAGUGAAUAACGCGCAGCCCCGGGCGCUCGUCCCAGGGAUCCCAGCUACAGCUGCAGCCAGGCCUGCCGCCCGCCCUCUUCGCGCCUCCGCCAGGCUUCGCCGCGCUCUUUGACCUCGGAGUUUGUCUCAGAGGCCCGCUGGGCCUCGAAGCUGCUCAGUGACGCGGCGGGGCUGGGGGCAGCACCUGUCCCGGAGCGCAAGGUUCGGUCGUCGCGCUCUUGGCUGCGCGUUUGCCGCUAAAAGCUGAUCCUUCCCAUGCAGGCAUCGGGGCGCUCCUGAAGACGCACCCACCCCGUCCCAGCCCAGGAGGAGGGAGGCUCCCCAAGAGCGUGGCCUCAAGUACAUCAAGUCCUCAACAGAAAGGGGUUCCUCAGAAGCAGCCUCAGGUUGAGUAAGGUGAAGGAGAGGACGAGGGGACCUGUACCCCACGAUCAGGCCAUGGCAGGGGUAGAGCGGCUUCCUCUGUCAGCUCAACAUCUGCCCUGGCGGGGCUCCUGGGUCCCAGCGAGGUAAGGCGCCCCACUCGUGGGAAGGCUUCGACCCCGAGAUCUCAAAGCGCUUCGCCAAAAGUUCGUCCUGGAAGGAGUGGCGCCCCGAGAGGAGACUAAGUGUCCUCUCCACCCCCAACCCGUGGGCCUGGGAAGGGAGAGAGAAGGUAGGGCCCUCGCUGAGGCCAGCGCCCCAGCUCUGCGCCUUGGACCCACAGGUGGUGGCUGAGCUGGCGGAGGAGGCUGGAGCCCGUUGUCCUGAAGGUGUUACCAAAAGUGACCUACACUCGAGUGAGACCAGGGCAGGUUGAAGCUGUCACCUUCCUCUAUCACCCCUGUGCCCAUCCCUGGCUGAAGCUCCAGCUUGCCUUCCUGGCCCGUGUUUGUGUGGCUAAGCCCUUGCUCAAACCUGACUCCAACCUCACUCGGGACAGGCCCCUGGUGCUGACAGCAUGGAGGAUGGCACUGGAGAUGGCCUGGGUAGAGCCAACCUGGGCUGCCUACUGGUUAAAGAGGCAGUGGAGGAAGCAGAGGAAGAAAGUAUGGUUCUACUCUGACAGCCCUGCUCAGCCCUUUCCAUCGGUGCCAAGUCACAGCAGAGGGAGGCUGUGCCCAAGAGGGUGUAUGCAGGUCCCAGCUUUGGCCUUUGCUCUGCGCAGCUGGAGGCCUCCUGGCACAGAGGUGCCACCUACAGGGCCUAGGCAGCAUUCUUCCAGUGGUGCCAAGAGACGGGGGCUGCGAGCUGCCCUGGGUCUCCAGUCCACUCCUGCAGGCCUGAGGGUUCCUUUUGCUUCCCCGUGGAGUUUAAAGGCCCGACAGCCCAUUUUAGGAACUCAGGGUGAGGGGGCUAAUGCCCCAUCUGUGCCUUCACUCCCUCUGUCACCUGGGGGACCAGGAGGCAAUGCAAGCACCCGGACAGAGGGUCAGAUACCCAAAGCCCAUGGCAGCCCAGGGGGGUGUACCUGCCCGACUCAGGCUUCUCCUGCCCCUCGGGCAGCAGCGCCUCCACGGGUAGCCCUGGGCCCCACCCCACGCACGGAGGAGGCCGCCUGGGCUGCCAUGGCCCUGACCUUCCUGCUGGUACUGCUCACACUGGCCAUGCUCUGCACACGGCUCCAUCGAAAUUUCCGCCAGGGGGACAGCAUCUACUGGGGGCCCACAGCGGACAGCCAGGACACUGUAGCUGCUGUGUUGAAGCGGAGACUGCUGAUGCCCUCGCGCCGGAUCAAGCGCUACCGCCGGAGACCCCUGCUCCCCCCUAUGCCAGACAGUGGCCCAGAUGGGGAGAGCUCAGACUGACCUGCCCCAGCCCUGCCGCUGGCUCGGAGGGCUCCUCCUCUGCUGUGCGGCCACGGCCUCUGCCACGUGGGCCGCACGCAGGGGCGCCCCCUGGCGGCAAACGAAGAAGCCCUGCUACGCAUUGCAGAAACUCUGCCACCUUGACUUGUGGGUUGCAGGAGUGGCCAGAGGAAGAGGAGCUGUUCCUGACCCCCCUUGCCCAAAUUCGUUUCUAAUUAAAUUAUUUUAGUAGAGUCCA